AUGGUUAUGAUGUUUACGAAGAAACCAAAAAAUCUUAUUUCUUUUUUCUUCUCUCAUCCCCUCAAUAAAUGCAAAGCUACCUUGGCUACUAGUUCCCCACUCCUCUCAUUCAGAAAUGCUUCAUCAUUUUUACAGUCAGGAACCGGAACCCUUACCCCCAAAACGAUUUCAGCUCAAUUUCAUUCAACGUAUUUUUUCAAUGGUCAAACACUAGUUAAUCAUCCUCGAUCUGUGGGUGAGAAGAUUAUUAACCUUGAUCAUGCCCUCCAACUGUUUGAUGAAAUGACACAGAGACAACCUCUACCUUCGGCUGUUAAAUUCAAUCAGUUGUUGCAAGCUGUUGCCAAAAUGAAGCAUUAUUCUUGUUCUAUUGAGCUUUUUAAACAGAUGAAUGUUGUUUGUGUUCCUGUUGAUGUGUACACUAUUAACAUUGUGAUAAGGUGUUGUUGCCAAAUGCACCACACGAUUGAAGGAUUUGCAGUCUUAGGCUAUGGAUUCAGACGUUCUAUAUUACCAGAUGUCUUCACCUUUAGCACCCUUUUAAAUGGACUCGACCUAGAAGAUAGAGUUCUUAAAGCCGAAAGGUUAUUUAAGAAGCUGAUCAAAGAAGCACUUUGUGAACCUAAUGCAAUUAUGUACAACAUUAUGAUUAAAGGACUUUGCAAAUCUGGUAAUAAUGAUACAGCCAUUGCUUUGCUUAAACUAAUGGAUGAAAAGGGUUGUAAACCUAAUGUGGUCACAUAUAACACCAUCAUUGACAGCCUUUGCAAGGACAAAAUGGUAGAUGAUGCUUUAAAACUCUUCAAAGAAAUGGUCUUCCACAAAGGCAUCCUACCUAAUGUUGUCACUUACACCUCUUUGAUUCAUGGCCUUUGUAACUUAUGUCGUUGGGAUGAGGUCUCUAAAUUGCUCAAAGAAAUGGAGGACAAAAGGAUUUCCCUAAAUGUUUAUACCUAUAGCGUAUUAGUUGAUGCACUUUGCAAGGAAGGGAAGGUGGAGGAUGCAAAUUGUAUUAUCAACUUAAUGAUUGAAAGAGGGAAGGUUCCUGAUGUAGUGACUUACAGUUCGCUUAUUGAUGGGUAUUGUUUGCGAGGUCAAAUUAGCAAAGCAAAGGAAGUUUUAAAUUUGAUGGGGUCUCUAGGUCUGGUGCCUAAUGUUGUUACUUAUAGUAGUUUAGUGAAUGGGUACUGCAAGAAACUGAAGAUAGAAGAAGCCAUGGAUUUGUUUCAUGAAAUAACUAAAAAAGGUGGUAUGCAACCGGAUGUGAUCACUUACAACACCUUGUUACACGGAUUGUUUCAAGCUGGACGUAGUGAAGCUGCAUGUGAACUCUUUAACGAGAUGCAAACAAACAAAUUGAUGCCAAAUGAAAGCACUUACAGAAUAGUCUUGGAGGGUCUAUGUAACAACAAUCAAGUGGAUGAAGCAUUAUCGUUGUUUCAUUUGAUGGGUGACAAUAAGCUAAAUUCGGAUAUUGUUGUAUACAAUAUACUCAUUGAUGGUGCAAGUAAAAAUGGGAAGUUUGAUAUUGCAAGGAAGCUUUUCAAUGAGUUAAGAGUUAGGGGUUUGCAACCUAAUGUUUGGACAUAUAAUGCGAUGAUCAGUGGUUUUUGUCGGGAAGGUUUAGUGAGUGAAGCAAAAGACUUGUUUUUUUAA